CCAUUUGCUCUGCUGCAUCCUCUCUUUCACCACUGCUGCUGAACUAAAGGAUCUUUCACAAUGCCACGUCCAGUUAAAGAAAUGCAGAUGAGGACUGUUCCGAGAAAACUAAGAACUAUACACGAUCUCCAAAUGAGUCGAUUUGGUAAGCCGUGGCCCAAACACGGACUCCAGCUCUUAUACUGGUUUGUGAAAGAGUGCAUUUGGGAAAACGAUGACGAAAUGUUCCUGGCGUGCGACCCGACGACAGGAAUCUUUGGCUUUCACCCCUUUGAGAACAGAUGCAACGACCGCAACGAGCAACUUCUUCCAGACAUGGAUUCAUCAUACUAUGUGGUCGGGAAUCUGUAUUCGCCUCAAGCAAACAUGUUGAAGGAUUAUGUGAAAAAAAAUAAGGACGUGCAGAAUGAUCUCCAAAACACAGACCGCAUCAUCGUCACCACCACGCAACAAAAGCAGUGUUUUGGGAAAAUAUACGCAACCACACACAAAGAUAAGUUUGAUUAUAACCCAAACGACACAUUUCACAUCUCAAGGAGCCUCCUGAAGAGCAUCCAAUCAUUUGAGAGUGUUGAAGAUUUUCUGAGUAGCGUUGGAUAUGGUAAAGUCUCUUAUCAGAUGUGUUCGGUAGCCUGUGUUCGAGUGCUUGUUGAUGAUUCGGAUUUAAAGGAUGAGAUGGAAUCAAAGAGCAGCACCACUGAUCAUGCUGAUGCUGAUACUGAUAGUGAGAAACAGCUUCGAAACUGUGGCUGCACCAUACUCUGAAAAUCAUUUUAGGAGUAAAAGGGAGUUCAAAAGUACACUGGAAAGUCAAGGGUGUGAUUUUUUACAUGCUUUAAAAUCACGCUUGCUAGGUUAGUUUAGAAUUUCCAAUAGCAUCUGGCUACAUGCAAUCUCAGACAUGCAGUGUCAGACACAUGCACUCAAUAGAGCUGUUGACAUCGUUGUGAGGAGGUAAGGCAAAGGCCCCUUAAAGCCGCCUUUCCACUGCAUAUGACAAGCGACAGACCAGAAGUCAUUUAUUUUUAAUGGAGAGUAGUCCGGGAUCCGCGAUCAUGUCCUUAUGCGGAAAAUGCGGAUCCGAUUUGAGCUGCGGAUACGAUGAAAUAUUUCUCCUGCCAUUAGACCAUAUGCCACCGGCCGACUGGAUGUGAUGUAUUCCAGUGUUGUCCAAGCCAACACAAUCUCACGGCAAUUCGUAACUUUUUGAUUUAGUGGAUAAUUCGUACGAUCUAAUUCGUACAGUUUAGUACGAUUUGCUCAUCCCCCAAUGACGGUUGGGUUUAGGUGCCACGCCUCCUUUUUAAAAUCGUACAAUUUCGUAUGACUGAACUCAUACGAAUUCGUACGAAUUAGCCACUAAACUGGCAAAACGUAAAAUUCUUAGCUUUCUCGUGAGAUCAGGCUGUCCAAGGAGGUCCGUGCGCGCGAAAUGAGAAAUAGUAGUUUUAUCAUUAUUUUUUAAAUCAGAAAAAAAGUCUAUAUUAAAAACAUUUCUAUUCAUAAAUGAGUAAUAAUGUUAUAAAAGUAAUGUUAUAAAUGAGUUUAUAAUGUUAUAAAGGCCAGACAGAAUCUGCGGAUAUUUUUUGCUAUUUCUACGCAGAAAUUUGUAAUAUUUUCUGCAGAUUUCUGCGGAAUGAUUUUAGGAGUAAAAUCUAAAUAAAAAGAUAAAAAGGUUUUAUUUUUAAUUUCAUAUAUUAAGUUUGUUAUGAUACUCCUAAAAUCAGUGAUUGACUCCUGUACUAGUAGGCGGGGCUUCAUUUGCCAAAUUGACCAUUACACUUUUUCCCUAUUCAAAAGUGACAUGUCUUGUGUAUUCUAGAGUCCUUGGGUAGGGUUAAGUAUCUGCAUGAAAAGCAUUGCAUGCAGUCUCAGCUUGUAUGUGCACCCGGUUUGCAGCCAGACUCUUCUCAGAAUUUCUUCACUGACAGUAGGAGGUCUGUAUUGAAUAUAUGUAUUGAAAUUUAGGUUUAAGAGCACUAGUCUAGAAUUUCUGCACUGACAUUAAGAUAAUUUUAGUUUAUUUUUUUUUACUUGACUACAAUGAUUUAUUCAUACGCACUCAACCAGUUAUGUACCAAACAAAGCAUGUAACCUGACUAUUUUUAUAUUCUUUUGACAUAAUUAUGCAAUGAUUUGUAGAGAUGCAUGGCUAUAAAUAAAAUUCAAGACUACAG